AUGUUGAAGACUUCUACUCCAAACGAAAGUCCAGAUACAGGAAGAAAACAAGAAACUUUAGAAUCAGAUGAUCUUAAGAAUCAGAAUGAUGGUGCUCUUAUGCUGGAAAAUUUAUUGAAAAAUGAUCUGCAAUCGUCGAUAAAUUUCGAAAAUGAGCUAAAUUUGAAAGAAUCGAUUUUAGAAGAGAAACUGAAGGAAGAAGUUCAAGUUCCAAAUGAAAGUCUAUUGAUAAAUUACGUGAAAAUAUUGGAACACGAGAAUUUAAAACAAGAAGUUCGACAAAUAACGGAUAAUAUAAAGUUUUUAUUGAAUAAUUUUAAUGAAGAUCCUUGUUUAAAAGGAUCGUAUAUAGAUGAGAAAUCAAUUGAACGAACAAAGGAUAAAAAUCGAUAUGGUCCAGAUCAAAAUAUUUCAAUUGGAGUGCAAAAUCUUUCAGAAGUGGUAAAGGAUAUGAAGAUUGCAAAUCCGGUGGAAAAUUAUGAAAUAUUAACAACAAUUAAUUUGGAAGAAAGUAAGGUGAAACUGAAGAGUGCAAACGAAGUACUAAAGUCGAUGAUUCCAAUAAAAUCUACUGUUCUCACUGACAUACGUUCAACCGAGAAGAAUAAUUCUUACAAACCAGAAGUCAGGGAAAAUAGAUUAAGGGUAAAUAUACCGGAAUAUUCGUUCGGUGAUACGAACAUUCCGAGGUUCUACAAAGAUUCUAUGAAGGUGUUCGAUGGUUGCUAUGAACAGGAUUUCGCCAACAAUUCCGAAUUGCAAUGUGUACUUCAGCAAUUAGAAAAGAAGAAGUGGAACCCGUUUGAUGGUGAAUCGAACCUCGAGACUCUCUUACAACAGGACGAUGAAAUUAAUCAAAGUACUGUUCGAGCAUUGAGAAACGUUUCUUCGCCAGUAAAGGAUUGCGAAAAGACAAACAGAUUCAAGAGCACAGUACACGUAUCUUCGGUGAAUACCUUCCACUCUGAAAACCUAACGUCCCAAAAGACUCAAGUGACCGAACGAUCUCUGGAGAAAGUUCCCAAAAAACUAUAUAAAUUCAGCCCGACAAAUCCGAUAAAGAACUCUUACACUCAGACAGACUCUGUUAAUUCUUCAUCGAAAAUCAACAUCAUCACAGACUCGAAGAACCGCAAGAAAAUUAGCUUGAAACGUAAAUACUUGAAGGAUGAAAAUAGCAUCUCGUCCAUGAAUGAUCAUCAGAAUAGUAAAAUAAAAACACGAUAUUCUGCAAACUCUCAGAGUGAUAAAGUAAUAAAACAGUUUAACCAGUCGAAAUCAUCGUUAUCUUCGUCAGACAAAAGCGUAUGCGAGUGUAAGAUGCAGCAACUGGAGGCUAAAUGUUCGCCAUCUUUAGAGUCCAGGAGAGAGGAUCGUCGGAAAAGUAGUUCUAAACCUAAAGUGGACACUUUCGACACGGUGAACUUGGCCCAGGUGGCUCGUUCUUCGAAUUUCAAUGGAUCUACAAAUAAAAGGAAACCACCUAUUUGUCCUAAGAAAGUUAAGAAAGAGUUGUCAUCGAGUAUGCUUCCAAAGAUAACUCCUAUGAUUAGGAAGCUGCAGGAGUCGAAGAAACCGAAGACGAAGAGCCGGGUUGAAUCUUCGAAUGACAAAGAAAUGAGAGCCUUGAAGGCCUACAACGAGGUCACUUUGGUAAUGGACAAGAAACAGUUGGAUGCCAAGAGGAAGAUACGUCCGAGUAAAACCACCUUAGACGUGCUUCCUGAAGAGUCUAAGCACCGACUGCGUCCCAGGAAGAGUAACUCUAAGAAGAAAUUCAGUGUAGAUAAAAAAUUGAAAUCUGAAGAGUACCUAGACAAAGAGAAUCUGUCUGCUGAUGCAUCAGUGGAUCUUAAAUCGUCUGUUGCCACCUCGUCAAAGGUGGUCAAUGAAAGUGGCAAGGUCCUUCAACUUUCUAACGAAGUAUACACCUGCUCGAAGUUGCAGCAGGGUUACACCAAGAUGAACAGGGUUACAGAUAAGAUUUUGGAUAGAUUGUUCAGUAUCGACAAGCAAAGUCUGAGGAAGAGUUCAGCUGAAACAGAUACCAGGAAACAACUGAGCAAGUACAGUAAACCUAAGCAGAUGGGUGACGAAGAGGUUGUCUCAGCCUCGUCGAGUAAGAAGUUGGAGGGCAUUCAAAACGGUCGCGAGCUGGAAAGAACACAGGCCAAGGAGGACAUAAGAGAUGAAUUUAAAUACCUGACUAAUUCAUCCGGAGUACAACCGUUGAUCGAAUCUGGCGAAGGUUGUACUAAGGAUUCCAAACCUCAGCAAGAUAGUUUAUUGUUGACGAUAAAGUCCAGUGUGAACCAGGAUGUAGUGUCUACGUGGUCUUCAAGUACCAUCAGCCAAUUGGAGGAAACCCAGUUGGAAGCUGAAAAAGAUGAUUUACCUGCCAUGAAUCAACCUCAGACAAUCUUGGAUCCUGAAGAUUCCACAAAAGACCCAACAGAAGUACCCAAAAUCCAUGAAGAAACAUUACCACUGAAACAGAAUGAAAUUGAAUCAGUACCUGAAGAAAUCAACAUCAAUACAAGUGAUUUGCAAAGCAACGAUGGUACCAGAAGAACGACCAAUUACACAGACUUCACCAGGAACAUCGACGUGAGCUACCUGGCUCAUGGCGUCGUUUUGAGCAACCAAAAUACACCUAAAAGUAAAAACCCACGUCAACGUGACAUCGUUGACGAUACCACUUCAAGGUUACUUCACACCGCGUUCUCCUAUCAAUCGAUGGACUCCGUUUUGGACUUCGCUCCAGACACGUUGAAUGUGAACAACAUCAUGAAUGAAAGACACUUAGAUCCAUUAGACGACGGUUUCGUUCAACUAAGCAACGAUGUUGUUAACGCUUUUCCUGACGAACUUUCGUUCAUCUCUCACGACCACGGGAACCUCGAAGAAGCCAUCCCGGCUAUUUUUCGCGAGUCACAAGAUUUGGACGAGCAAGCAGAAAAUUGUGACUUGCUCAUCACCUCCGUAGACGAGGAACACUCGAAUGACGUCUUCUCGAUCGUGGGUCAAUUUCUGAGGAACUUGAACAUCGGUGAUAUCACUUUGGAGAACGUCAAUGAUCCUGGAUUCAGUGUUCUUCAGGAUCUUCUCAGAGGGGACGAUAGCGAAGAGAGUGAACGAAUUACUGAAGAGAAUGAUACGAUCGAAGAAGAGAAUGAUACGACUGAAGAAGAGAAUGAUGAAGAUAUAGAAGAUGACCAAACGUUGAGAUUCAUCAAGGAGGAUGUUUUCACGGAUAUCAAGUUUCCUAUUGUAAUUAACUGGUCAGAUUCUUUGAUUGCUUCGGACGAGGAUCACAAAGAACUGAAUCCAGUGAUCAGAGACAGAGAUGCAGGAAUUAGACCCACUGGAUUGUUGUGCUUGAGUGGACCAGAAGAAGAAAAGCUGAAAGAUGUAAAGUUAGAAAGUGAAGAGACGAAGAAUGUCGAGCAAUCUGUUUUCUUCACGAAGCUGGAAUAUUCGUCCGGGUCUGGAAAGCUGAAACACGAGGAAAAGAAUGUUUAUUUAGAGGAGGAAUCUGGAAAGGAGAUUGAAGAAGAUCUUGGUAAAUCUAAAAGCAUUUCUUCGGACGAAACUGCAUAUGGAAUGUAUCGAACAAUGAAAUAUUUUGAAUCAGAAGAGACUGCAAGCGAAACAGAGAGUGAAGAAAAUGUGAAAUUUGAAGAAGAAGAAACAAUUGUAAGCGAAGAAGGAACAAUGUUAGGAAACGUUGAAGAAAUUAUCAAGGGUUUUCAAUUGUUCAAUAUCAAUGACACGAUAUUAAUGGAAGAGAGCAUGGAAUUAGAAGAAACUGAAUUACCUGAUAGAAAUGCCCAGUCAAUUGAUUUCAAAGAAGAAGAAAAAAUAAUACUAAUUGAAGAAAUCGAAGAAUUAGAAGACACUGAAGAAAGUAACGAAAUUGAAAACAUAACAAACGAAGAGGAGGAGAUCACUGUGUUAGAAAGAGUAUCUCCAUUAACCAUAUUUUUAUUCUGGAUGAUAGGAUGCUUGUUUUACGUUCAAUUUUGGUGCCGAAAAAUAUUCUCGGCUGAAAUUUCAAGAUCUGCGUCAACUUUGAACCCGUUCGAGAUUCACGCAGCACCGGUAUCGACCAUGAAGCUCCUUGAAAAAAUUGAAGAAAAAGAAGAAGAAGAAGAAGACGGUUCGCUAAAAGAAAUCACGAACUUUGAUAUGGAAGCAGACUUCAGAAUGAGGGAACAAUAUUCUUCAAAUAUUAUAGAGUUUACAAAUGAUUCAGAAGAGAUCGAGAAAGAAGUUGAAGAAGCGAUGUUGUCCCUAAGCGAGCACAUCUCAAAAAAUGUUGAGAUUCCGUCGUUCUUAAACUCUGACGAUGAGAAAACUCAGUCGAAUUUAUCUUCGAUCGCAAGUGCAAUCAGAGAUAUAGAAACUUCCAGACGAAAUAUUUUUCAAACAACCAAUGAAAGACUUCGCGAAUUCCGCGCAGCUGAAGAAGAAAUCAAAACUUUUAGGUUCGAAGAGGCAGAUGAUUGUAGCUCGACAAAAUCUCUCCUCGAACAUAACGAAGAAACGAAAUUGUCUGUUGAUAAUCAGUUGAAUUAUCCUGAAAUAAAGAUCGAUGAAGAUGGACCGGAUAAGGAAGAAAUUCCAGAAAAUGAUGAGAAAAAGGAAGAAGUGAAGAAGAGAUUAAAAAAUGAAACAAUUGUUGAAGAAGCCGAAAGUUCAACAGAAAAGAAGACAUCGGCAGCUAGAGUUCCUGAACCAAACUUCCAGAAUACGGACAGCUUUGAUUCUACGUACAGUAAAAUUUCAGACACGUCAAAGCGUACGAUUUCUGAUUUACAUGCAUCAUCAAUGGAAGAAUUUGAAGACAGUUUAAAUAGUUGA